AUGGCAGCAAGACUGUUCCUGAACAGAGGGCUAGUAAUGAGACCAACAGCUUGGACCUUUGCGAGAAAGGCUUCUCAUGGACCAGGACCAAUGAUACUUGGUCUCAAACCUGCAUCAAUAGCACCGGCCGUACAGAGAUUCCCUCAGAUUCUUGUCAAUUCUUCAGCGCCAUUUCACAACAGCAGCCAUCUCCUUGAUGAGAAUAACUUCAUCAUCCAAGAUAGGGAUGACUUCCAGAAGAAGGUUCUUGAGAGUGAAUGUGUGGUCAUUGUUGACUUCCAUGCAGAAUGGUGCAACCCCUGCAAGGCUCUCGCUCCAGUCCUUGACACAGUCCUGCAGAACACCAAGGGUCAGGUCAAGCUAGCCAAGGUUGACAUUGAUGAACUCCAAGACCUCGCCAUCGGCUUUGGAGUGGACUCCGUACCCACAGUGAUGGCCUUUAAGGGGGGUCAGAAGGUGUCUAAGUUCAUUGGUUAUCAGAGCCAGGACAAGGUGGAGGCUUUUGUAGAAAAACUACUCACAUGAAAAAGGACAUCCAUUGAGACUGGCUUUCAUGAACUGGUAAAAUUCUCUUUGACAAUUGAAGAAGAGAAAAUUAUCUUGACUUGACUAUUAUAGAUGAUUUUGCAAGAUUGUGAUAGGAUAGUUAUAAUUUUGCCAAAGAGCGGAUUAUGAACAACAGUCAAAUUUGAUUCAGUGAACUGUAUACUCGGUAUUUAUAGAUUAUAAAAUGAAGACUAUUCUUGAAAAUUAAAGAAAUUACUGA